GAAUUACAAGAUUUGAAUAAAGAUCCCCCUACAAAUUGUUCAGCGGGUCCUAUUGGUGACGAUUUAUUUUUUUGGCAAGCAACAAUUAUGGGACCAGGAGAUAG